AUGUAUCAGCAAUACAUUGCAAACCAAACUGAUGUUGAUAUGGAUGGAAAUUGUGGAUAUAGAGUCGUUACUAUCUCAAUGGGGUUUGGUCAUGAUGGUUGGCGUACGGUACGUAAACAUUUAUUAGAUGAGCUUAGAGGGAACCGCACUUUCUAUGAAGACCACAUUUUUGGGGCUAAACGGUUUCAUGAACUAGAGAAUUGCCUUGACUAUUUUGUUGAUGGGUUUGCACCUGAAAACUUUUGGAUGACCAUGCCUGAUAUGGGACAUAUUAUUGCCACAUGUUAUGGCGUGACAGUAAUCCAUUUAUCAUCCACCAUGUGCAUUACAUUUCUUCCUUUGUAUAAUAGGAAUGAAUGUCGAAAUGAAUAUCGUGGUGAUUGCGAGGGUGGUGAGUUUGCAAUUGGAUAUGUUGGUCGUCAUUUUGUUAAGGUAAAUUUGAUAUCUCAAUCUGUUCCAAUUCCUCCAGUUACUCCUCUAUGGCACAAGUACCAAGUUAAUAAUGGACAGUUGUACAACAUUUAUGAGCAACGCAUAGAUCAAUUCAAGAAACUGGAAAAUAUGGAAGACGCUGCCACCACAGAUACAUUUGCAGACAUUGUGCAUCUUGAUAUCGAUUGA